AAUGUGUAAGCUUUAUAAUUAAGCUUGUAUAUAAAUGGGUAACAUAACGAGCCAUAUAAAUGAAAGUAAAAAAUCGAUAGUGAAUGAACGAGUAAUAUUAAAAAAAAUAUGGAAUGGAAUUGAAAAUAAUCUUCAAUAUCAUGCAAACAUUUUUUUUUUAAACUUUUGUACGACAUAUCCACAGUACACAAAAUAUUUUACUUUUGAUCCGGAUAUGCCGUUGACUAUUGAUGUCCAAACAAACGCUAAAUUCAUGAUCAUCAUGGACGCAAUGAGUUAUUUACUCAUAUAUUUUUACAAUAAACCUAAACAAUUGAAAUUUUUAAUUGGUUAUAUUGCAAUGGUGCAUAAGGAUAUGGAUCUUAUGAAGGAGGAUAUGACUAAUUUUGCAGAAAGUUUAAUUAGUUAUUUGGCUUCAUCAUUUCCUGAUUUGAUGUCUUCUGCAUCGGAACCAAUAGUAUCGAAUUAUGUUAAUAAAAUCAUUGACGAAAUCGCGGAAAAUCUUGAAAAUUUUAGAAAUGAUAAAUUACUGCUCAGUGUACCUUUUGUAAAACAAUUCAAUUAUUCAUGUAUAGGUUGGAGAUGUGGAGGAGAAAAAUUGAUUUAUGGUCAUAAGUUAGAUUACUGGAUUAAACGGAAGCGCAUGUGGGAGGAGCGACUAAGAGAUUGGAAGCUUCGGACACGUAUGACGAUCGUAUCUUCUAAGGAUUCUUCAACUGGUGAAGAUGAAGAUGAGACUCCCAUUGAGGAGGAAAAUGAUGACAGUACUAUUCAAAUAGUUGAGUCUUUUCAAGUCUGGGAGCCACGUAAAAAUUCUAGAACCAAUAAACAACUGAUGCAGGAUGAUAAUAUGAGAUUAUUGCUUCCAAGACGAGUAGCUUUGAAAACAAAUAGACCUAGACAAACCAAGUAUGAUGUAGAAAUGGCUGAUCUUACUGAUGAAGUAUUGGUCAAUCAAGAACUACAAUCUUCAACUAUAGAGACGGAACAAUUAUCUAGAAGUAAUCAACCAUCAACAUCAAGGCCGUUUUCAUUAUCCACUUCUCUAGAAGUUGAUUCUCCAGCUAGAAGACGACGUCGUCGACUUAAAUUAGCCCACAAUGACUAGUAGCAGACAUCAAGAUGGCUAUUUUGGUUUGUAAUCAGGUGGAAAAAAAACAGACGGUGAUACUAAAGGUCGAACCACAGGACCCAUGACAUUUUCGAUCUCUUGAGGUUCUGGAAUUGGAGGCAAUGGAGACUCCCAAUCAGAGUCUGUGGAGCUGAAAUGAUUUUAAUUCAAUAAGAGAACGUCCUUCAUCUUUGAAUUCUCUUCUUGUACUUCCACUGGAACUACUACUUCCGCUACCACUGCUACCGUAUUGUGUCAUUUUCAACUUUAAAAUUGUUCUUUACAAUAAUUAGAAAAAUAAAUAACGUCAUUUAUAGUUAAUUAAUAA